AUGACUAAUGAAUCACUUGAAAACAUAUCAAGUAUGUCUGAUUAUGAUUAUUUAAUAAAAUUUCUUGCAUUAGGAGAUUCAGGUGUCGGGAAGACGUCUUUCCUUCAUCGGUACACAGAUAAUACAUUUACAGGACAAUUUAUUUCAACUGUUGGAAUUGAUUUUAAGGAAAAAAAAGUUGUCUAUAAAUCUGCACGUGGAGGUUUUAAUACCAGAGGACAACGUGUUCUUUUACAAUUAUGGGAUACAGCAGGACAGGAAAGAUUUAGAUCUCUUACAACAGCCUUCUUCCGUGAUGCUAUGGGAUUUAUUUUAAUUUUUGAUAUUACAAAUGAACAAAGUUUUUUAAAUAUUAGAGAUUGGCUUUCACAAUUAAAAAUUCAUGCAUAUUGUGAAACUCCUGAUAUUAUUUUAUGUGGAAAUAAGGCUGAUUUAGAGAAUAGGAGACAAGUUUCAACUGCUAGAGCCAAACAAUUGGCGGACCAGUUAAAUCUUCCAUACUUUGAAACAUCAUCUUCCAUGGCAACAAAUGUUGACAAAGCAGUAGAAUGUUUAUUGGAUAUGGUUAUGCAUCGUAUUCAGGCUACAGCUGAUGGUGAAUUUUUACCAACUGAAUAUGUAGGUGGUAAUGGUAGGAUAACAAUAGAUGAAUCUUCAGCUCCAGGUUUAAAUAAUUAUUGUGCUAAUUGCUGA